AGAUAAGAACAUAAAAGAUAAAGAACCAUUUAGCCUGACAUCUGCUAGCUGGUGGAACGCAAAAAUGAAGAUUUUCUUCUGUUUGGCCCUGGUUGUCGCCUGCUCUGCGCAGGUGCCAACACCUUGUGAGUCGCCUAAGCAAUGGGUUGGGAGACGUUUGCGGACUGACAGAUACAAGCAGUAUUUUGAGCUGGCAGUGCACAGUUAUGACGAAGUAAACAUGCGGACGGCAAGUAGAGAAGAACGCGAAGUGGGAAAGGAGCGUGAUUACUUCGCUAAAAUUCAUCUUUAUAACGAGGGCUUGGAGUAUGCACUAAAUCUGAGAACUAUGCAAUGUAAUGUGACUAAAUUAAGCCAUCCUUUCCGCCGUGUCGGGGUACCGCCAGAUGCUCGUUUCCUCUUUGAAGGAGAUUAUGGAGCCGCCGGAAUUCCGUCAGAACAUUUAACCGCAGCGACAUUUGGUGGAAAAUUUGAAGAUGGAGCUGAGUAUCUGGUAACAGUUGCGGAACCGGACUGUAUACCACUGGACUUUGACGUUCGAAGCAAUACUACAACUGAGCACUACCAGGAAAGGUAUUAUGACUUGACAUUGGGAAUUAGUGACCCGACAGUAUUUAUUCCUCCGAAGCAAUGUAUGGUGAUACCUGUUCCUCCAUAAACGUUUAAAUUUGUCGUAAAUAAAGCAUAGAGUUUACCAUGUAUUCUUAUUUGACAGAAAUAAAAUACUAUGGGGGCGUG